CCAUUUAGUUGCACGAGAAGCUCCAAACAGAACAGUUUAUUCUGGACAGGAAAUGGGGAGAUUAUUGCUGCUAGAUAUCUUCCAAUGGUUCGCCGUAAUCAUUGGUUUGACAUCGUACAGGGUGGUCGAUGAUAGAUGUGUUCAAACACGUCUAACCAGAAUGUACACGCUGAUCGUUAACGUCAUCACGGUGACAAUGCUGCCGGUGGCUUUUGUGGUGGUGGCUAAAUUUGCUUGGGUGUAUACGUGGCUGCCGCGAUUCAUGUGGAUAACUCCUUUCCUCCUUUAUGCGGUGAACUACGUGGUCAUUGUCCAAACACUGAUCUCGCGCUGUCAUCGGGACAGCAUACUGAUGGAGCUACACCAUUUGGUUGUGAAAUUGAACCGCGAGAUGGGCCGAGCUGAAAAGAAGAUGAACUCGAAGCUUCGGAGGCUCUUCUAUAUAAAGACCUUGACUACUUCGUAUCUGAGUCUGUGCUAUGUUUUAGGAACAUUCCUGUACACCGAUGAAUUCACCUUUUCCAUGAUGCUCAGCGCCAUUCUAAUUAACAAUGGCUACAACAUAUUGAUUGCCACAACACACUUCUACUUUGUGUCGUUCUGGCAAGUUGCUCGAGGAUAUGAUUUCGUGAACCAGCAACUGGAGGAGCUCAUCUCCACACGCUCGCCGCUAACAUCUAGAUACGCGGAGGAGCUGCGAAGUCUAUGGUCUCUUCACGCCAGCCUCAGCCAGACAGCGCACAAGAUAAACAGGAUCUACGGUCGCCAGAUGUUAGCCUCCCGUUUCGACUAUAUUACAUUCAGUGUCAUCAAUGGCUACAUUGGAAUUAUUUACUCUCUUAAUGAAUCGGCGCCAUUAUUAGCUAAAUACUUUAGCGUUAUUCUCUAUACCAUACGGACAAUGGACUUUUUUAUGAACGACUAUAUAUGCGAUUUGGUGACUCAGUAUCAGAGCAUGUCAAAGGACACGGCUAGCGAGGGCGUCAUGUCCAACGAGCUAUGUGCGUAUGUGAUCUACCAAAACAGCAUGAAUGUUAAUUUGAAGAUUUGCGGUCUGUUCCCAUCCAAUCGGAAACAGUGGCUUGACAUGAUGGGCUUUAUCCUAGGCAACUCCAUACUGCUCCUGCAGUACCAUCUGAUGAAGUCCGGAAAAUGAGAAGAAAAGCAAUACAAAUCAUAAAUAAAAAAGAUCG